UGUUGGCAUUGUUUUAAUAGCACAACCUAGUGGUAACAAUAACAAUUGCUAACAUCCGGACAGCUGUUAUGAACCAAAAGAGGGCAUAGGCCUGCAUUAAGGCCUAUACUAAUCAAUACAUCAUGAUCUAUUCAAAGACAAUUACCAAACCAGCUUGAAAGAUGCACAGAAAAUAGAAAUUCUUGAAUUGAUAUCUGACGGUAGGAGAUCCAAGAUCCAAUGUAACAUCACCGUUUCUCAAACAAACUUAAAACCCCGAAUGGCUGUAGUUGGAGGACACGGGGACGCUGGUUGCGACUGGGAUGGCCGGUGGAAUCAUGUGAGGAAGUUUUUGGAGCGACCUGGACCGUUCACCCAUCCUGACUUUGAGCCAAGCACUGAGUCUCUACAGUUCUUGUUGGAGACAUGCAAGAUUCUUGUCAUUGGUGCAGGAGGACUUGGGUGUGAACUCCUCAAAAAUCUGGGCCUCUCUGGGUUUCGUCUGAUUCAUGUGGUUGACAUGGACACGAUUGAUUUGUCCAACCUCAACAGGCAGUUUCUUUUCAGGCCCAAAGAUGUUGGACGACCGAAGGCAGAAGUGGCUGCCGACUUCAUCAACAGUCGUAUCCCUGGAUGUAGAGUUGUCCCUCACUUUAAGAAGAUCCAAGACUUUGACGAGUCUUUCUACAGGCAGUUUCACAUCAUCGUCUGUGGACUGGACUCCAUCAUAGCCAGACGCUGGAUGAACGGGAUGCUGAUAUCCCUCCUGAGCUAUGAAGAAGGAGUCCUGGACCCCAGCUCCAUCAUCCCCCUGAUAGACGGAGGAACGGAGGGCUUUAAAGGAAACGCCCGGGUCAUUCUGCCCGGCAUGACCGCAUGCAUCGACUGCACACUGGGGCUGUACCCGCCACAGAUUAACUUCCCCAUGUGCACUAUCGCGUCAAUGCCUCGGCUACCAGAACAUUGCAUUGAAUAUGCCAGAAUCUUACAGUGGCCGAAAGAAAAGCCAUUUGGAGAUACCAGCUUAGAUGGAGACAAUCCAGAGCACAUCGCGUGGGUGUUUGAAAGAGCCCAAGAAAGAGCUGCAGAGUUCAACAUUACAGGAGUGACAUACCGACUCACUCAAGGAGUUGUGAAGAGGAUCAUUCCUGCUGUGGCAUCGACUAAUGCCGUCAUCGCUGCUGCCUGUGCCACUGAAGUUUUUAAAAUUGCUACCAGCGCAUAUAUUCAUUUGAAUAAUUACCUGGUCUUCAAUGAUGUGGACGGACUGUACACCUACACUUUUGAAGCUGAACGAAAGGAAAACUGUUCAGCCUGCAGCCAGGUGCCUCAGGAUCUCCAGUUCCCUCCUUCGGCCAAAUUACAGGAGGUUUUAGAGUACCUAACAGAAAAUGCCUCUCUACAAAUGAAAUCUCCGGCUAUCACCACAACUCUUGAAGGGAAGAAUAAGACGCUGUAUUUGCAGUCUGUUAAAUCCAUCGAGGAACGUACCAGGCCAAACCUUUGCAAGACUUUGAAAGAGCUAGGCCUGUCUGAUGGACAGGAGCUGGCGGUGGCAGAUGUCACCACGCCCCAAACGGUUCUCUUCAAGCUCAAUUUCCCCACCUGAACACUCAGCACUGAUGUCAAAGUAACUGCAUCCGAAUGCAAACACCAGGUUUCUGUGAUGUUGCAGCAGCACAUUUGCGAUGUAAACAUUGACUGAGGUCUGACCUCCAGGAUUGAAUAUGAAAUCCUUACCGAUCCUAACAGAUUUCUUUUUCUAUUUGUAACGUUGUUUCCUUGUUGAUGUAUAUGUGCUGUUUUGACUUCUGUUCUAGCUAUUUCCCUGUCAAUCUAAUGAGAAUAAUAAUGUGCACUAAUCUCUAAUAAAGUUGUAUUAUUGUGGUUAUAAAGGUUGCCUCUUUGCCAGAUUGUUUGGUAACAUCUGUUUACUUAGAAGCAAUGAGGAUAAGAUAAGAUAAGAUGGACCUUAAAAUUCACUUGUUAUGGCAGCAACGGAAUUGAAAGGAUGCUUCACUGGUUAUCUUUAAUGUAUCAAAAAAGCAAUUAAACAUAGGAAGUCUUAUGUAAAGAACAAAAACACAAAUACAAAUAUCCUUGUUACAUUGAAUUUAUAAAUCUUAAAUGACAUUAGUUUCAAUCUUCUAAUAUGAAUCACUUAGCAAUUAAAACUAUUUUAUGAACAAUUAAUCUACUUUUCUAGUGAGACUUAAUUAAAAUAACAAUGAUACCUCAGUUUUAUAUUUACUUUGAGUGGUAUGAUUUGCUUCAUUAGUGGGUUUGCAAAAUUAAAAUGUCAUUCCGGUGUUGUGUCAAAUUAUGCACCCCCAUCAUGAAAUGCCCCGCUUGUCACGGGAACGCGCAUUUCUAAAUGACACGUUUA